UAUCCGUUUUCGACCUCGAUUUCUCCCGAUUUCAUGCCCUAAUUCGUGGAUUGGUGUUGUAUUGUUGCAAAAAUAUAUUUUUUUUGGGUAAUCAUUUGGGUGAAGGGGGGUUCGAGGCUUGGGGAAUUUUUAGGGGGUUCUGGGUUUUUUGGUUUGGGUUGUGGGGAUGUUGGAUUCAGAGGAUGAUAUGCACGAUGCGAACGAUGUGGAGUCUCUGGACGACUUCUACAGCGGCGAGACUGCCAUGGCGAGCGAUGAUGAUGAUGGGGAUUACGAAUUCAAUGACACCGAUGAUUCUGAUGACAGCUCGUUGCAUAGACAGCAGCAAAACUAUACCAUAUUGAGUGAGGCAGAUAUACAUCAACGCCAGGAUGAUGAUAUUACAAUGAUAUCUACCGUGCUUUCCAUAUCAAGAAUUUCAGCUAGCAUCCUGCUCCGCCACUAUAAUUGGAGUGUCAGUAAAGUGCAUGAUGCAUGGUUUGCAGAUGAGGACAAAGUACGCAAAGCUGUUGGUUUGUUAGAGAAACCAGUGGUUCAAAUUCCCAAAAACGUUAAAGAAGUGACUUGUGGAAUCUGUUUCGAGACAUAUCCUCGUGAUAGGAUGACUGCCGCUGUUUGUGGCCAUCCCUUUUGUGGUGCAUGUUGGGCAGGUUAUGUUAGCACAUCAAUUAAUGAUGGUCCUGGAUGUUUGAUGUUGCGAUGUCCUGAUCCAUCAUGUGGUGCUGCUGUUGGCCAAGACAUGAUACGUAUAUUGGCUUCUAAUGAAGAUACGGAGAAGUAUUCUCGAUACCUUCUUAGAUCUUAUAUUGAAGACAAUAGGAAGACCAAAUGGUGUCCUUUUCCGGGCUGUGAAUAUGCUGUAGAUUUCGUUGUUGGAAGUGCGAGCUAUGACGUUUCAUGCCACUGCUCAUAUAGUUUUUGCUGGAAUUGUACAGAGGAAGCUCACCGACCGGUGGACUGCAGUACUGUAGCUAAAUGGAUUUUGAAGAAUGGUGCUGAAUCUGAAAAUAUGAAUUGGAUAUUAGCUAAUUCGAAGCCUUGUCCCAAGUGCAAGCGCCCAAUUGAGAAGAACCAGGGCUGUAUGCAUAUCACAUGCACACCUCCUUGUAAAUUUGAGUUUUGCUGGUUGUGCCUUGGUGCAUGGACAGAUCAUGGUGAGAGAACAGGUGGUUUUUAUGCAUGUAAUCGUUACGAGACAGCAAAGCAAGAGGGAGCUUAUGAUGAGACUGAGAAAAGGCGAGAGAUGGCUAAAAAUUCUCUAGAGAGAUAUACUCAUUAUUAUGAACGUUGGGCAACCAACCAGUCGUCAAGGCAAAAGGCUCUUGCAGAUUUAAACCAAAUGCAAACUGUGCAUCUUGAAAAGCUGAGUGACAAGCAGUCCCAACCUGAGUCACAGCUCAAAUUCAUAACAGAGGCCUGGCUACAGAUAAUUGAAUGCAGGCGAGUGCUGAAGUGGACCUAUGCCUAUGGAUAUUAUCUUCCUCAGCAUGAACAUGCUAAGAGACAAUUCUUCGAGUACUUACAAGGUGAAGCGGAGUCCGGAUUAGAGAGGCUUCAUCAAUGUGCAGAGAAGGAACUACAAGUUUACCUGAACGGAGAUGGCCCAACUCCCAGCUUCAAUGAAUUCCGCACAAAGCUGGCUGGGCUGACCAGUGUGACACGGAAUUAUUUUGAGAACUUGGUUCGAGCAUUGGAGAAUGGUCUGUCAGAUGUGGACAGCCAUGGCACUUGCAGCAGGACAGGAAGCUCGAAGAGUUUGGGUGGCAAGGGCAGAGGUGGAAGGGGCAAGGGAACAUCAUCCAAAUCUGGUGGUCCUAGCAGAAUCUUGGAUGAUUCGGGCUGUUGGUCGUGUGAACACUGUACCUCAGCCAAUACAAAGUCUGCUACCAUUUGUGAGACAUGCCGUCAGCAUCGUUAGGCACAUACCUUGAUUCUCACUACUUACAAGAGGUGAUCCCAAUGGGAUUCGGCAAUCUGGAAAUAGUGUGGCCGGUUCAAGUGGGUAAACUCCUGGGUGCAAGCCAGCAGGGCGGGGUCACCUAUAAGGCUGUGAAUGCAUUGAAGAGCAGGAGAACUGGAAGUAAGUAUUGAAGAGAUGAAGCAGCCUUUCCUCAUAGGUGUUUCUGUAUUGGAGAAAGGGAACCACACUGAAUCAUUGU